UCGUGUGUUCAUCGUUGCUUUACUUCCGGUGUGAUGGUAAGUUGUCAGUUUCAGGUCAUACCUCGGUGUCCGAUACACAGGUCCGUUUUAUUUAGAUUAUAUAAAUCUUACUGAGAGAUUGUCUUGUUGUUUCGCUCUCUAUUAUUUUACAGCGUUUUCUACAGUUUUAGCUGCCAUUAAUUUUUCAGUUUUUUUUUUUUUUUGCUCAUCCAAGUUUCUAGUGUCUUCGCAGGUUUAGAUAGAAAAUCCGAUAUUUUCCAUUUGCUGCCCAAGCAUGUACUACGAUGUUUCUUAGAUUGAUGAAUAAAUUGCACAAGAAGGAGAGGCACAUGUACAAGUCGGGCUCGAACUCACGACCUCCCGGUUACGAAGCGAACGCUACCGCGGUAGAUGAUGAAAGAAUGUCUUACUAAUAAGUCUUAGGCUUAUUCACUUAUAUCUAAAAAAUAAAAUAAAAUACAGCAAAUAGAAAUCGAAUAGCGUGAAAAUUAAAUUAUUCUGUAAGAUCUAAUAUACAUUACUAUUAAAGAACGAAAGAUCUCCCGUCUUCAUCAGAGUUUUAAGACCCGCUCUCUGAAUGAAACCAUGUAUGUGACGAACUUAUUUAGAAACUUGUAACCACUUGAAUUAAAUAUUCAAGUUAUAAAGUUUUAUUUCAAUACGCUAAUUUUCAAAAUAAUUGUUUAAGUAUCUCAAAACUGUUAUAUACUUUUAGAGGUUUCAACUUGGAGCGGUAUAAUUCUCAUGAAUUAAAUACAACAGGUAGACCACAGUUAUCUUUAACAAACACAGGUGUAGUCAGUACCUCAUACUCGUCACAGGUGGUUGAGUCAGACACUUUUCGGUGAUCCGCAUCUCGUGGCGACAACUGAUGUACAGUUAGAAGGAUACCCGUCCAUCACCCGAGGAGGCGGUCCGAGGGCAGACACUGUAUAAAACUUGACAGUUACCCUCUCACUUUUCAUACAUCAUCUUUCAAGUUAUAUAUUGCAAUUGUCUACAAAUGUGACAUUUUCCCUGCACCUUUAAUCAAUUUUGUGAAUUCAUAUUAUGAAAAUUUGAGUUUGACCAUGCCAAAAUCAUUUUUAGUACGUGGUCAGCACAGACCAAAGACUACUCAGGAUGCCCCAGAAUCACAGCUGGACCAUAAAAUUUCUCACAUUCAGGAGCUAAAAGAAGAAGAUAAUUCUUAUGUGAAGGAAUCUGAGAACGCAGAAGGCAUUAAACUUUCGGAUGAGAAAACCACUGAAAAUGAAAAGAAGAGACCAGAGGGUAUACCGAAAACUCCGUUAUUUUUACCACUUCCGUUUGAACACAAAAUGUACAAUUUAAUGCUACACUCUCCAGGAAGUGACAACUUCGGAUUUAACAACCUAAUGUCUCCUCUACCCUGCCAUUCCUUUCGGUAUCCGGAACUAUGUUCUCCAACGUCCCCUGUCGCUCCUCCACUCAUUCCGAGCCCGACUCAUAUGAUCGACCCAGGGUUUCCAAAUCGUGCAACCUCAAAUCUAAUACAUCCUUCAAAGGAACCUGUAUAUGGUGAACAGUUAGAAGGCGAUAAUAACUUAAUAAAACCAUCCAUUUCAUUGCUCAAGCAUUCAGUGGUGCACGGAGUGGAACUAAUCAACGGUGGUUUUGGAAUGAAAAACCCUAUCAUUGCGCAUACUCAUGACCAGAAAAUACUGAGUUCUCAAGGCAGAAGUACUAUUAACGGCCAGGAUUUUACCUGCAACAUCUGCAACAAGUCGUUCCCAUUGCAGAGGUUGCUUAAUCGUCAUCUGAAAUGUCAUAGUGAAAUCAAGAGGUACCUUUGUACGAUAUGUGGCAAAGGGUUCAAUGACACAUUCGAUCUCAAGAGACACACAAGGACACAUACAGGGGUCCGUCCAUACAAGUGUAUCACAUGUGGAAAAGCGUUCACACAGCGUUGUUCUCUAGAGUCCCAUGGGCGGAAGGUUCACGGGUUCGAGUUUCAAUACGCUUACAAGGAACGCCGGAAUAAGCUGUACGUGUGCGAGGACUGUGGACACACCACUUCAGACCCGAGUCAGCACUUCGUCCACUUAAAACAUUUUCACCCACAAAAUCCCGUUCUUCUCAAAUUCUACGACAAAAGACAAUUUAAGUUUUCUGAACUCAGCAACAGUUCUGAAGAAAUCAUGGACCUUUCAGUGACCAAAAGGUGAUUCCGAACCAACCAAAAGGUGGUUCUGUAUCAAAUAAAAGGUUAUUCCGGGUCAAACAAAAGGUGAUACUGACCGACCAAAAGGUGAUUCCGGAUCAAUCUAAAGGUGGUUCUGGGUCAUGUCGUAUUGAGAGUGAAGUUUGCAUGGUUGUAAAUGCAUAUUAUAUACUGAAAAAGAUGUGUUUGUUUAAUAUUUGAAUAUAUAUGUUUGUUUUACAUAAAUAUAUUUUUACAUAUUUUAUAUUGUAUGAAGUGCUAAGAGGAAGUUUCAAGCAACAUAACAUAAGGACACGGUGCAAUAUCAGAGGCGGGCCACUCACAUGCAAUAUACAUCACCUUUCAAUAUCAUCUGUGAUUAUAUUUAUGCAUUCACGCUAUAAACAUGUAUUUCAUUAUGUGGUAUUCGAUUAAAAAAAAAAAAAAAACGUUCUUAAAAA